CUUUUAUCUUUCAUCGUUCCAAUUAAAAAAUUUAUUUUUCAUUUUUUUCACUCAUUUAGAUGAGUCUUCGCUCUCAUUAUUUAAAUUCAUUCUAAUUGCGGCAAAUGCCGCCAUGAAGAAGAAUAAAAGAAUCAUCGAAGAAGAAUGAAAAAUAAGGAAGGAAAAGAAGUAAAAAAAAGAAAAGUACACAAAAAAUGUUUUAAAAAUAAAGAAGGAAAAAUCUUUUAUUUUACACUUCACUGCUUUGUUGAACAUUCACAUUUUGUUGGCUAUUGUGACUUAAUGUGCAAAUAACGAGUGGAGACAAAAAUAUAUAACAAAGGUAAAUAAACACACAAAAAUAGCAACCAAGUGAAGUGAAGUGAAGUGCGAGUGAUAAAAAAAAAUCUUUCUACUGCUUGUAAAAGCAGAAAAAGCCACAAAAAAAAUGUUUUGUCCCAACAAUGAGACUCUUCAAAAUAUCACCGAGAAAACAAAGUUGUUGGCACAAAAAUGCUCACAGCAAAUACGCGUAACAACAAUAUCGAUGGAUUCGUCAAAUGGUCAACAAGUGUCGACAUUUAAAAGUUAUUUAAAUGAAAAUCAUUCAGAUGAGAUUCGAAACUUAGACAGUUCUUUAUCGCCGACAAUAAAUUGUCUCACUGCCAAUAUAACAUCAUUUAACCGUUUAAUUAAAGAACGAUGCAAUGCAAUAUCGACAUACACAUGCAAUACAUUACCAAGAACACGACCAAAACGUGGCACUACAAAAUGGUACAUCAAACAGCCUACCUGGCGGCUUUGGGGCGAAGAGAAAGAUAAAGAUGCCAUUCAUACAGUUUAUCUAAAAAAGGUUCGAUAUCAUCGACCGACACUUAGUGUUAUUAAUUCUCAGAACGAUAGUGAUGAUGAAAUAUCUCAUUUGGAAUGGGAGACAGUGCGUGUGAGAUUUGUAAAAGCAGCAACCUUAGAACGUCUAGUCGAUGCACUAGUCACUGAUGAUGGAGAAUUGGAAAGCACCUUUGUUAAUGUUUUCCUUGCAACAUUUCGCACAUUUACAAAAACUGAAAAAGUUUUGGAACUUUUGCUUAAAAAGUUUGAGAAUCUCAGUAAUACAGAUGCAUACAAGAAAACGCUGAUUUCCGUUUUACAUUUAUGGCUUGAUGGCUAUCCAGAGGAUUGGGAUGACGACAAUAGUUUACAGAUAUUGCUUACAUUUACCUCCUCGCGAUUACCAAAUUCUAAACUUCACAUGAAAGCUUUAACAAAAUUCACUGAUAAAUUAGAUAAAUAUUCACGUGUGCCACCAAUUCCAUCGUGGAAUGAUCCAAUGACAUCACAUUAUCAUAGCAUGCAUGAUUUAACAGAUCAUUUUAAUGGCUUAUGCCUCUCGCCUGCGUUUCGCGGGACGCCAAAUUCUCAUCUCCUCACUACAUAUCGCUUUCCAAACAUUUCCGUUAAACAUUUUGCUGAGCAAUUAACUCGAAUGGAUAUGGAACUGUUCAAGCGACUGAUUCCACAUCAGUGCUUGGGAGCAACGUGGUCACAUCGUGAUAAAGGUGAAUGCGGAAGUGUUGUUGCAACCGUGGCGCAAUUCAAUGCUGUUUCAUAUCGCGUUAUAUCUACAAUAUUAAUUGAACCAAAAUUAAAAUCACAGGAACGAGCCCUUCUCAUUUCCACUUGGAUUGAUAUAGCACAAGAAUUGAGAUUAUUAAAGAACUUUUCAUCAUUGAAAGCCAUUAUAUCCGGUCUACAAUCUAAUUCUGUUUAUCGACUUAAUAAGACAUGGACGGCACUUUGUAAAGAAAAGUUUGAGUUGUUUAAUGAAUUGGCGCGAAUAUUCUCCGAGGAAAAUAAUGCAUCAGCACAGCGUGAAGUUUUAUGGAAGGAAGGAACAGCAAAGUUUGCAGACACAGUUGGCGAGAAUGAUCGUCACUUGCAGAAAGCAUUUCAAAAGCAAAAUACAUUCAUUAGUCAUGGAACAAUUCCAUAUCUUGGGACAUUUCUCACUGAUUUGACCAUGAUUCAUGCUGCCAUUCCAGACACAGUUCUUGAAAAUUUAAUAAAUUUCGAUAAAAAGAGAAAGGAAUUUGAAGUUUUAGCACAAAUAAAGUUGCUUCAAGGAGCUGCAAAUUCAUAUCACUUACCGGACGAUGCACUUUUUGAUCGAUGGUUUGCUUCCUUGCUUGUACUUGAUGAACGUGAGGCUCACAACAUAUCAUGCCAAAUUGAACCACCUCCUCCUAAUCAGCUUCAUUUCAAUCAAUCAUUUGACAAUUCUAAAAAAUCAAGCACAAUUAUUGGUGGUUCCGGUCAUCGGAAGAGCGAUUCUAUAACAUCAAAUUCCAGUAGCGGAGCUGGUUCACAAUAUCUUUGUGACAUAAAUAACUUAAGUUAUAGUUCGCGGAAUAAUUCCUUGGAUCGAAAUACAUCACCACCGUUAAAUACAUCCUUAUUAUCAGCUGCAAGCAGUGUUUCAUCACUAUCGAUGGAAUCGACAACCUCAGGGAGCCAAAAUCACAGCAUAAAAACUCCAUCAAAGAAUCUUUCGAAAACUUCUAAUCAUGAACUACCAUCACAUAUCAAUGCUCAGCUUCAACCUAAUUCCCCGCUUUUAAAAGGAACAGUUAAUGGAUCUGCUCCAGAUUUUUACAUAAUAAAAGUUACAUAUGAGACAGACACUAUUGAAAAGGAUGGAAUUGUUCUUUAUAAAUCAAUUAUGCUUUGCAAUAAUGAACGAACACCAACUGUGAUUCGAAAUACCAUGAUGAAAUUGGGAUUAGAAGGUGAUCCAGAUAAAUUUACUUUGUCUCAAGUCCUUCCGGAUAAGGAACUUAUGUUACCUACAAAUGCAAAUGUCUAUUAUGCUGUCAACACACAAUUUAAUCUAAAUUUUAUCCUUCGAAACAAAAAGGAUGAAUAGGAAAAUUAAUUAAUGUGUCUGUAUCAUAUUUAAUGCUCUACUUCAGAAUCUUUUUGAGCUCCCAGCUCUCCAAAGAAUUCCAAUUUUAAAUUAAACUUCCACUAGAAAUGUGUAAAGAUUUUAUGUUUUAAUUGAAAGAAUUAAAAGCUUAAGCAGCAAAUAAUACACAAAAUUUGAAUUUCAGAAAUAACCUUAGCAUUUUAAUGCCGAUGAACUUCGUACUGCUUUUGAUAGCUAAUGCAUUCAAUUUUUUAACUCAACAAUUAAGAACUUUAUUUAUUUUAUUUAUAGCUUUAAAAUGUAUAAUUAAUUAUUCUUCAAAAAAAUGACUGGACUCAAAUGGUAAAAAAAUUAUAGGACAGUAGCUAAUAAUAGCUUAAAACUAAGCAAUUUCAUAGUCUUUUAAGUAUUAUAAUUAAGUGUAUGGUGCUUUAUAACAAGCUCUCGAAUAAAAAAAAUAUUGUAAAAAUCAAUGUUCAUUUUUUAAGUUUAAGAUCUUAGAAAUAAUUGAAUAGUUUUCUACACCAAAUAAAAAAAAAUGAAUCUAAAAUGAAAUUUAUCAUCACAAUUCUAUUAAAUGACAAUAAUUGCAACAUUUCUUAAAAUAUCAACGGGUUCAAAUUAAAUAGAUAUUUCAAUUAUUAAAAAUGUUUUUGGGAUUCUUAUUGAUGUUUGAAUUUAUGUACUCAUUCUGCUAUAGUAAACCAUUUUCAGCAAAAUAAUAAAAAUUAGUAAUCGAUAAGCAGAAAUGAAUUUUUGAGAUUCCUUUGUUUUCUUGCUUUGUUAAUUUAUCAACCACAAAAUAUUGUUGACUUAUUUAAUCGAUGAAAUAUUUUUGAAUUUAGUAAAAUGAUGAAAAUUGAUAGCAAAUAUUUAUCUCAUGCACAACAUGACAUGUGCUCCAUAUUAAUUAUUUUUUUUGCGUAAUUCAUAUUUAUAAAAUAAAGAUGAUAAAUGUACUGAGAAAAUAUAUUCCAGACUGAA